GGUUUGGGAUUUGGGCUUGGAGGAGGGAUGGGGCCGUAGAGGAAAGGGGGAGAAGGAAUAAAUCUAGUCUUACCCGAUCGAUCAGGCGAUCGUUUGUGCUGUAUCGGGCUAUGAAAAAGGCAAGAUAAUGCAUUCGGCAGCAAAGCCAUUUCUGGCACCGUCUCCCUACGCAAUUGUUUAGGUAUAAGAGGUGACGCGGGAGUCUCACAGCCUGCCACCUGCUCCCCCAGGGACGGUCGUCAGAACCUCCAAAGCUCUAGCUUCUAAAGCGAGGCGUUUAGAGCUGAGGUUUCGAAGGGAAGUCAAUUGCCUGGAGUCCCGGGGAAGCAGCCUUCGCCGAGGAAGCAGGACCUGGGAGGGCUCCUGCCGCCGCCGCUGCCGCUUCCACCCGCCAGUUCCCUGGCCCCGUGCCUAAGUCUCCCGGCACAGCGCCCCCGAAAGGGCCAGGCGACCCGGCCUCCUCUGCGUCUUCAGCCCCCAAUGCAAAUCGCGGAUGAUCUGGUCAUCCUAAAGUGACCACGGUGGUUAUUGGGGGGCUUGGUUGUGUUGGGUUCCUUACUACGCCUCCCUCGGUUGCUGCAAGGGAGAGGGUUCAAAGGAAAUCCUAGUGAAAUGCACUGAUGGAAUACUAUUAAUCCUAAUGAACAUGUUCCCAACGCAGGUAACUCUUAAAGAACCGAGAGUGGGAAGAUCAGAGCAGGAUUUCCGAAGCGGUGGCCUCUUGAAUUCUCAUUGGAUCCUUCCCAGCAGCCUAAAUCACUCUUGCUGCUGUAUCUAUCAGGAUGACUCCAGCCUCGCUCCCUAGUUCUCUCUUUAUCCCGCUGUCUUCAACACAUCCUUUUACUUAUCUUUGCAGAUUUAUCUGUAGUCCACCUCCUGGUCUCUGGGGUUACACAGCUUCUAUUUUUCCCCACUGUAUGGGGCUGUACAGUCCGUAAAAUUUCACUUUGUCUGCCUAAGGCUCACCACAAAUAAGCCCCCUCCCACUCCCCCUAAAAUAAAAGGCACCUCUUUCACACUUUGCUUCCCUCCCUUGGGGCUUCCUGGCUCUGCGUGUAACUUGUUUUUACUUGGUAUGCCACCAGGAACUGCUGAUUAUUUCAAAGUUGCACCACCCUGAAGCUCAUCACUUUACCUUGGCUUGGAAGAUCAUGGAAUAUCUGUUGGCAUCUUGGAUGUAUUUUUCUCAUAGUCAUCUUGCUUCCUGAAAUUUCCUCAGGUGUUGAGGGAAAGCUAAGAGAAUGAAGGCUCUAAGUCCCCAGUGGAAGCAUGAUAUGGCGGAGCAGAGCUGGUGCUGAAUUGUUCUCUCUGAUGGCUCUAUGGGAGUGGAUAGCACUGAGUCUUCAUUGCUGGGUUUUAGCCGUUGCUGCUGUUUCGGAUCAGCAUGCCACAAGCCCCUUCGACUGGCUCCUCUCUGAUAAGGGACCCUUCCAUCGUUCACAGGAAUACACAGAUUUUGUGGACAGAAGCCGGCAGGGAUUUAGCACAAGAUACAAGAUAUACAGGGAGUUUGGCCGCUGGAAAGUAAAUAACCUUGCAGUUGAGAGAAGAAAUUUCCUUGGCUCCCCUCUGCCUCUUGCCCCUGAAUUCUUCCGCAACAUAAGACUUUUGGGACGUCGACCUACCCUUCAGCAAAUCACAGAAAACCUUAUCAAGAAAUAUGGGACACAUUUCUUGCUAUCUGCUACUCUGGGAGGAGAGGAGUCACUCACAAUUUUUGUGGACAAGCGGAAGCUGAGCAAACGAUCUGAAGGAAGUGAUCCCAGCACCAACAGCUCCUCGGUCACUCUGGAGACGCUACAUCAACUAGCUGCUUCCUAUUUCAUUGACAGGGACAGCACCCUUCGGAGACUUCACCACAUUCAAAUUGCAUCCACUGCCAUAAAGGUAACAGAAACACGGACGGGUCCUCUUGGCUGCAGUAACUAUGACAACCUAGAUUCUGUCAGUUCUGUUCUGGUUCAGAGUCCUGAGAAUAAGAUUCAGUUGCAAGGGCUGCAAGUACUCCUUCCAGACUACCUUCAGGAGCGUUUUGUACAAGCAGCUUUGAGCUACAUUGCUUGCAAUUCAGAGGGAGAGUUUAUCUGCAAGGACAAUGACUGCUGGUGUCAGUGUGGUCCCAGAUUUCCAGAAUGCAACUGCCCCUCCAUGGACAUUCAAGCCAUGGAGGAGAAUCUUCUUCGCAUAACUGAAACCUGGAAAUCCUACAACAUCGACUUUGAGGAAUCAGAUGAAUUCAAGUUCUUUAUGAAAAGGCUACCCAUGAAUUAUUUCCUCAACACGUCUACCAUAAUGCAUUUGUGGACAAUGGACUCUAAUUUUCAGCGCCGCUAUGAACAACUGGAGAACAGCAUGAAGCAACUUUUCCUAAAGGCACAGAAAAUUGUACACAAGCUCUUUAGCCUUAGCAAGAGAUGUCAUAAACAACCCCUCAUCAGCUUGCCAAGACAAAGAACCUCAACCUACUGGCUCACUCGCAUCCAGUCUUUUCUCUACUGCAAUGAGAAUGGGCUCCUGGGCAGCUUUUCAGAAGAGACGCACUCGUGCACGUGUCCAAACGACCAGGUGGUCUGCACGGCCUUCCUGCCCUGCACGGUGGGCGACGCGUCCGCCUGCCUUACCUGCGCCCCUGACAACCGCACCCGCUGCGGCGCCUGCAACACGGGCUACAUGCUCAGCCAGGGGCUCUGCAAGCCCGAGGUCGCCGAGUCCACCGAUCAUUACAUCGGCUUCGAGACCGACCUGCAAGAUCUCGAGAUGAAGUACCUGUUGCAGAAAACGGACAGGCGACUAGAGGUCCAUGCCAUCUUCAUCAGCAACGACAUGCGCCUCAACAGCUGGUUCGACCCCUCCUGGCGGAAGCGGAUGCUUCUCACUUUGAAGAGCAACAAGUACAAGUCGAGCCUGGUCCACAUGAUCCUGGGUCUCUCUUUACAGAUUUGCUUAACUAAAAACAGCACCCUGGAGCCGGUGUUGGCCGUUUACGUCAAUCCCUUCGGAGGCAGCCACUCUGAGAGCUGGUUUAUGCCUGUGGAUGAAAACAGCUUCCCCGACUGGGAGCGGACUAAGCUGGACCUCCCCCUGCAGUGUUACAACUGGUCGCUGACUCUGGGGAACAAGUGGAAGACAUUUUUUGAGACAGUGCACAUCUACCUGAGGAGUCGCAUCAAGUCAAAUGGCCCCAACGGCAACGAGAGCAUUUACUACGAACCUCUGGAGUUCAUCGACCCUUCCCGGAACCUGGGUUAUAUGAAAAUCAAUAACAUUCAAGUGUUUGGCUACAGCAUGCACUUUGACCCGGAAGCAAUUCGGGACCUGAUUCUGCAGCUGGACUACCCCUAUACUCAGGGAUCCCAGGACUCAGCACUUUUGCAACUUCUAGAGAUAAGAGACCGUGUAAAUAAACUCUCCCCACCCGGUCAGCGUCGUCUAGAUCUCUUCUCUUGCUUGCUUCGUCAUAGACUCAAGCUGUCUACUAGUGAGGUGGUGAGGAUCCAAUCUGCUCUGCAGGCGUUUAAUGCCAAAUUGCCAAACACAGUGGAUUAUGACACGACCAAAUUAUGUAGUUAACCAUAAAUGUCAAGCACAACCCAAAAUCUUGAAGGAGUUUUUACAGUGCUUUUGUGGAACGGUUUAUGUUUGGAAGAGUAAAUUUAAAUUGUCUUUUCAAUAUCUGUCUUAUAUCAGUCAAUAACAUUGGAUGGCAAUUUACACACAUGAACUUGCUGACAAUGAAUAUAUUAUACUGCAGUUUUGGUUUCUGAAUGAAAUAAAUACUGACGCCAGUCUAGAAGACAUUCUACUUUUUACAAUAAAUUUCAUUUGUAAUUUUAUAUGUUCCGUGGCAAUGCUUUUGUGCAUUACAUCCUCUAGAGGGAACAUAAAAAGAUACCAAUAAAAUUUUGUAGCUGAACAGUUAUUAAAAAGAA